UCAACUCCACCACCCCAGUUUUUUAUUCUUGAAUGUUAAACGGUCGCGCAUGCGCAGUUUUACUGAUUAUUGCACCGGGUGUGGGGGGAGGAGCGCUGAAAUUUUGCUCUAGAUAUCGGGUAUCGGUUGCUGAUAAGGGAAUCGCGGGCUGUGGAGGGAAUUCCUGGGUUAUUUUCAGUCGGUUUUUUAACUUCUGGCGGUCAGGGGGACGUUUGCUGGCUCGGAACGGGGUUUUUGGGAGUCUGACAAGUGGUUUUGAGGUUAUAAACAUGCUGUGAACUGUGAGAACUGGAGUACGAGUGUGUUGAGAGGAAUUUACGAGAAUUAUUGCGAAGGGAAGAUGAGUGACGUGAAGGGAAGACUGAAGAAAUCAGUGUCCAAGGAUGAGGUAUCAAGCAGCAACUCCAGUACCUCAUCAUUUUCAUCUGAUGAAGACAGCGGCAGCGAUGGUGACUUGAAACCAAUCAAGGAUUACCUGUCAAAUCGUACAGAAGUGGCAAAACAAUUGUUCAAAUCAGUAAAAAUUGAAAAACUCAGGAUGAUGUUGCCACAGGUCCUCAAGAAGAUGGAGCUGAGUGAAUUGGAGGAGUGGUGUGCGAGUGAGCUGUGUGGUAUGUCGAAAACCCGAAUACUGUCAAUUCUGAACGGUACACCAAUGUCCGGUUCCUCUGACACCAGUGACUCCGACGGUUCGGGUCCCUCCCUAGAGAUCAUAUCCGACACAGAAGAGUGGCUGACAGACGAGGACGCCAACGUCAAGCAGGAGCCCCUGUCCCCAGGCUCUAAAUCCAAAAAGCUCAAGACGAAGCGCAAGAGCAAAGCCCCAAGCAAGCCUCCCCCCGAGAGAGAAAAGCCCCGCAGAGGAAAAAUUCGUGCCCCAGAGCCCGAAAACGUCAAGAUAAAAAAAGAGAAGAAUGAGCCCCCAAAGCAGGAGGGGGAGAGCCUCCUGGACCUCCUGGAGCUAGAGAUGCGAGCCCGAGCCAUCAGAGCCCUCAUUCGUAAAGAGGACAUCAUCCCCAGCGCAGACUUCGAGCAGAGAAUGGCCUCCAACAAGAGUGCACUGAAAACAACCCUAAAUUCAGUUCUAAACGUCAAAAAUAAAACGAUGGGCGAAAGCUCGAGGGCACUGGCACCAAUGGAAACAUCCGAGACUCUAGUUGAAAAAAUCGGUGAGGACGAGGAUGUAGUGCUCCUCGUCAAGCCCACUCCGACGAUUGAACUGAUAUCGAGUGACAGUGAAUCCGAGAAUUUGAAUGAACGAGUGAAUAAGAAACUGGAGAGUGAACGAGCCCCGGAGAAGACUCCCAGGGAGGCUAUUCCUCCACGUGUUGUUGAACCUGAGACUGCGAAGAGUGUCGAAAUACAUAAAACACCAGCAAUAACUGAAGAGCCUGGUUCCACGGGGAGUUGUGCCCCUCAGCAUGAGAUUAAAGAAGCUUCAGUUGGAUCAAACGAAUCGUCAGAAACGGUAAAGCAAACACUGAGAAAAUUAAAGAGAAGACGUCAGAUACGAGCCAGAAGUGAGUCCCUCUCUGAAUGUCCUGAAGCAACAGAUGUCAUAUUAGAGGUUGCAAAUACGAAGGAAAAGGAAUCUGAACCGCUUGAGGAGGGGGAACUUGAUUCGUCUGAGGAGAUAAAAAUUCAGGGUGGGAAGGGGGAGCAGAGGGGGGAAAAAUCUGGGGAGAAAACUGUUCCUCAGAGUGAUGAUAAAUUGGGGGAGUACGAGGAAAUAAUAGAUCUGGAUGAUUAUCCUGAUGACAUGUACAAUAUUGAACCUGAAGAGAGUGUGCCUCAGGUUGAGGAGAAAUCGGAGAAACUAGAGGUGGUGAAGGAGGUAAUUGGUGAGGGGGAGGAUGAGGGGUCAGCCGAGACAUGGGCAAGUCGUUAUUACCAGACCGACAAUGUUCAGAGUGUAAUUAAAGAAUCUAAAAUUCAAUCGGAGAUAAGGAAACGUCUGCGAGAACGGCAGAGACUAUCCAAAUUGAAUAAUUCACCUAAAGAAACUCCGAAAGUAAACGAGGAUAAUGAUGCGAAAGAUAAAUUCAAACCAACUGGCUCUGUUGACGAGUACUUUGCGCUGAAGGGCUCCACUAACAGUGGUGAUAGUAAUUUAUCUCCGUCUCAAAGUAGUGAAACUAAAAACUGUGAUGAAGGUCAAGUUGGUGGGAGGGAGGGAGUUACUGGAGGUGAAGAGGAAAUUAUUGCUCCUUCUGCCUCGUCUUCUUCACCGAAGAACGAGGACGGGGCGGAGGCGGGGGAACCAGUUGCUGCCACUGUAGUGCGAGAUGAUCAGUUAUAA